UGAUACAUUGGUACUUUUGAAAUGUUAUUUGUAAAACUCAGGUUAAAGCUUCUCCAUCUUUGGAGUUGACUCAGGACUCUGUGUCCUGGUCUCCACAUCAGGAUGUGUCCCCUUUGGUGGAGCUGGUCAUGAAAUGUGCUUGCGUUCUUGAUCAGACCUUUCUUUGAAUUUCCCCAGUUGACUUUUUCUUCUCCUGCCCCAGUCCCACCUGCAGAGGUAGGCUUCUUUUCUCCUAUUUAAGAAUUCAUAAUUUUUUUCCCGUUUUAGGUGAUGCUGUUACCUUUGAAUUUCCUUUAUUAUUUUUCUUUUCAUUCCCUAAUUUAUCAAAUUUCUGUUUCAAACCCACAUAGAGUAGACGGUGAGUCCAUGGACAGAGGAUAGAAGUCUAAUGCCUAAAAGCAUUCUUCUUGCCUCCUUGCAGAUAAGAACUUCAGGGUCAGCGUCCAGGGCGUCUUUCUGGUGCCUUUGGUAUUUAGCUUCUAAAGCUUCUUGUUUAUCCCUUCAAAUAGUCUGUGGGGGUUUAAGACUUGCUGUGUGAUAUUUUGCCUCCAUUUGAGUUGAGGACCCUCACAGUGUGGCAGCAUCUUAUCUGUGCAGUUUUUUCCUGUGCCCAGAGGUCACAGUUGACUCCAGUUGAAGAAAUUCCUUCCUUCUGUCUUUCACAUAUGUUUCUCUGAAUGUAGGCUUUUGUACGCACUUUUUCAAUUAGACACCCUCCCCCUCUUUAAGCUCUCUUUUUUCACUUCCGCAGUGUUUCUUGACUCCCAGCCUUUUCUGAAAUCUCUACCUACUGAGCAGUAUUAUAGGAACCUGGGCCUGAUCACACAUUAUCUAUAAUUUCUUAACUAAUUAGGUCUUGAGGUUUUUUUCCUACAUAGAAAGAUGGUAACUAACUUAUUAUUCUCAGUUCUCUAUGACAUUUAUGCUGUGUAAUUACUAAAUAUUUCAUUAAUUGGUUGUUGUGAGGCCAGGUAAAGCAGGAUCCUACUUAUUUAUCAAAUAAUUUCUUUAGUACAAAGGUUUUCAUCUAAGUAAGUGUUUCAGCUUAUUUGGGAAAAUACUUCAAAUUACAGAUGUCUGGGUACCAUUCAUAUGGAUGAUUAGGACUGGGUAUGCAUAGUUUGGAAAAGCUGUCAAGAUAGACUUUAUGUUCCUCCAUUAAUUUAGAACCACUGCUAUUUUGUGAAAUGAGAGGAGUUGAGAUAAAGUAUAAGUCAUGAAAUAACAUUGCAGGGCCAGGGAAUUUUAAUUUAGAAGAAAAUACAAAAUAAUUCAUUGUUUGAACAUGAUGCAUUUGUGUCAAAAUGCAAAGUUAAUUAUCAGGAUUAACUAUAUGGAAAGGAAUUGCUUUAGAAGUUUAAUAAUAAGUGAAUAAGAUUGUAUUGAGGGCUUGUUAUGUACUAUGUAGUGGGAGUACAUCAGUGAAAAACUCAAACCUGUUCCCUACCUUCAUUACAUUCCAGUGGGAGAGGCAGAAGUAAGGUGAUUACCUAUCUGAUAAGUGCUAUGAAGAGAACAAACAGAGUGUUUGUUAGUGUGCCCUUAAAAUGAUAUGAAACAGGCAUACUGGAAGCUGGGUAGGGAGAGGCUUUUGGGGUCAGUGGGGCAGGGAGGAACUCAGUGUUGUGAGAGGAAGCUGAGGGCUAGAAGGAGCCAGGCAUGCAGGGGUGUGUAUGCUGUGUUAAUAGCACAGAUUUAUCAAAGGUUUUUAAGCAAGAGGUUUAAGCACAAGGUCAGAGUACAUUUUCUAAAGAUUGCUGUGUGUAGACUAGAAUUGGGAGGGCAUGACCCUGGAAGUGGGAAUAUCAACUGAAAAACAGGAUUAAAUGAAGGCUGAAUGGAUCAGAGUGUAAUGGAAACAGAGACGUGGGGAAACAGACCUGUACCCCUACCAAGGGUGAUACUAGUAAAACAUGGUCUAUGUGUUUACCAAAGUGCCAAGAUUUUUUAAAAAUUUCUUUAAUAUUUUUUUGGUACAGUUUAACCUCAGUAUGGUUUUAUAUCAUUUAACUUAUUAAUUUGGAUAUGUAUCUUAAUCUUAUUUCUCGAUUUGAAUUAAAAUUUAUUUUUCUUUACUCUUACAUUUCAUGAAACAAUUUUUUAUAAACUCUUCAAGAGUAUCUCACACUUAGAUGUCUGUGAGACAUAUAAGUGUCUCACACUUAUAUGAGAUACUUAUACAAGUGAUAUCUAACUUCCCUCUCUAGUCUUUAAAAUGCCCAUGAACAGUGUUAUCGUCUUGUACUCACUGAAGCUCAAAAUGUUGAAUAUUUUUUUUCUCCUCCAUAUCCUCCAGCUCUAGUUAGCUCUUCCUCUGAAAUUCUGAUAUAUCUGAGAGUUGUUAGAUGGGGCUUUUUCCCUCCCCAGAGAAAUUAUCCUACAAAAAAGGAGUGAUUGCUUUAUAUUUGAGAUCUUGCCAUAUUUUUUUCAUCUUGAGAGUAUUACCUCACAAUUCCUAGUAAAGAAUAUCAUAAAGUAAACAGGCUUAAGAGAUCAUUAAGGGAGAUCACAGAUAACUGUACUUAGAGGGUAAAAAAGAAAACUGUCCUAAUGUUAUGCAAAGCAUACUUGUGGUUUCAAGUAAUUUACAUCAUAUACAGAUUCAUUAUAUAGAUGAUGAUUCAUUUAAAGUAUCAGAAACCUUAAUAAAGGUGUUGAUGAUGAGCUCUGGAGAACUCUUAGAUAAUUCCAAAAAGUAGUUCUCAUGAUGGUGAAAUUAACAGAUAUCAGUGAUUUGGGUGAUGAUUUUGAAUGAGGAUGCUUUUUGAAUGUGCUGAUAGUACAGAAAACUAACAUAUCUCACCUUUUAGACAUGAAAGUUGAUAUCCUGUGUUUGCUGUCAUUGUAUUCAGUGUUUCUUCCUAUGUGACAUUCAGCACUAUGUACUAAUCUUGCUUUUCUCUGUCCUGUGAUACUCAGUCUUCUCUCAUGGGAGUACCUACUUGCCUUUUUCUGAUUUCUGCUAAUAAUGUCUGGGCAUGUAGAAGAUAAUCAGGUUAUUGUGGAAUGAGUACAGUGUUUGAUUAGAAAUUGCUUGUCUUUUUUAUCUCAUCAUGAUCACUUGAAUAUAUUUCACCUUUAUUUUAAAGUUUGUGUUUAUAAACAUUUGUAAUUUCAGAAUCUGUUUUCAUUUCUAUUAAAAAGUUCAAUGCCUAAUGAGUAGAUAUUGUAUUUGGGAGAAUUUUUUUUUUUUUUAAAUGGACUGGGCUCUUAGGCUCCAUUUCCGAAGAUUUGUUCAAUAAGCUUAAUGAUUAGGGAAAUUUACACAGUAUGGUUCAUUUUUUCCUUUUUAGAAAAAGUCUGGCUAGAUAAUGAUCUCAAAAUGUGGCACCAGGAUAAUCAAGACAAGCUUAAAAGUUUGGAGAGAGGCCAUGAAUAUGACAUCUUUGAGAGAAUGUUUCAUUUAGGCAUUAACUUUGAUCGUUUAGGAAUGAGAUCCCAUAAAUGUGGCACAGGUGAAAAAAGUUUGAAACAUCCUUUUGAUUUUCUUAUUCCAAAAAGUAACUGUGAAAGAAAGAAACUUGAUGAGCUUAAUAGGAAAUUAUUAUUUUGUAUUAAACCUCCCAGAAUUUAUGGUGGAAUAAAAUACUCUGAUGGCAAUACAUGUACAACAGUCAUCAGUAAAGAGCCAGGAGUCAUUAUGAACCAUAUACCACUCACAGGAGUCUGUUUGUGCAUGGAAUGUGGCAAGGUUUUUAAUAAAAAGUCACAGCUCAUUAUACAUCAAAGAACUCAUACAGGAGAGAAGCCCUAUGGAUGCCAGGACUGUGGGAAAGCUUUCUCCCAGAAGUCAUUGCUCACUAUUCAUCAAAGGACGCAUUCAGGAGAAAAACCAUAUGGGUGUGGGGAAUGUCAGAAAGCUUUCAGUAGGAAGUCACUACUCAUUUUACAUCAGAGAACUCACACAGGAGAGAAGCCCUAUGGCUGUGGUGACUGCGGGAAAGCCUUCAGCAGGAAGUCACAGCUUAAAAGACAUCAGGUAACCCAUACGAUAGAGAAACCCUAUGGCUGCAGUGAGUGUGGGAAAGUCUUCUCCCAGAAAUUAAAGCUCAUUACACAUCAGAGGACACACACAGGAGAGAAGCCCUACAGAUGUAGUGAUUGUGGAAAAGCCUUCUUUUGGAAGUCACAGCUUAUUACUCAUCAGAGGGUUCAUACGGGGAAGAAGCCAUAUGCAUGUAGUGAGUGUAAAAAAGCCUUCAGCAGGAACUCACUCCUCAUUAGGCAUCAGAGGAUCCAUACAGGAGAGAAACCCUAUGAAUGCAGUGAAUGUGGUGAAGCCUUCAUCAGAAAACCACAACUUGUUAAACAUCAAAUGACUCAUACAGGAGAGAAGAACUAUCAGUGCAGUAAUUGUGAGGAAGCCUUCUUUAAGAAGUCAGAACUAAUUAAACAUCAGAAAGUUCAUUUAGGAGAAAAACCCUAUGGAUGUGUUGAAUGUGGCAAAACCUUCUUUGGAAAGUCACAGCUCCUGACACAUCAAAGAACUCACACUGGAGAGAAACCUUACGAAUGUAGUGCCUGUGGGAAAGCCUUCACCCAGAAGUCCAGCCUGGUGUCCCAUCAGAGGACACAUACAGGGGAGAAACCUUAUGAAUGCAGUGAAUGUGGGAAAACCUUCAGUGAGAAGUCAAGUCUCAUUCACCAUCAGAGAACCCAUACUGGAGAAAAACCGUUCGAAUGUGGUGAAUGUAGGAAAGCUUUUGCCUGGAAGCCACAGCUUCUUAGGCAUCAGAGAAUUCAUACAGGGGAGAAACCCUAUGAAUGCAGUGAAUGUGGAAAGGCAUUUGUUCAGAAAGUACAGCUCAUUAAACAUCAGAGAAAUCAUACAGGAGAGAAGACCUAUGGAUGCAAUGAUUGUGCAAAAGCUUUCUUUGAGAAGGCACAGCUCAUUAUACAUCAGAGAAUUCAUACAGGAGAGAGACCCUAUAAAUGUGAGGAAUGUGGGAAGUCUUUCACUAGGAAGUCACACCUUAUGAGGCAUCAGAGGAUCCAUACAGGGGAUAAGUACUAUGGAUGCAGUGAAUGUGGGACUGUCUUCCACAGAAAGGCGCAGCUCCUGAUUCAUCAGAGAAGUCAUGUGCUGUAGACAUGGGGUGUGUGGGGAGUCUGCCAUCAGAUGGCAGGCCCCUGACACUCUAAGGACAUGUAUGGGAGAGAAACUCUGUCACUGCAGUGACUGUCUCACCACAUAGAAUUUAGAAAGAGAACCUUUUUUUUGUUAAGUAGAUGGUAUAGGAAAGUCUCCUCCCAGGAAACACAACUUGUGACUUAUCAAUGGCUCCUCAGUGUGAAACUCUUAUCAGUAUUGUGAUAAGUAUAGACCUUUCAGUCAAAAGUGCUGGGCUAUUAAAUUUUAGAAGACUGAAACAGGAGAAAAACUCAAUUGUAACAAGUGAGUGAAAAUUUCAUUGGGAAAUGGUAGCUCAGAGUAUGCUAGAGAAUACAUACCCAAAGGAAAUAACUGAGUAUUAUAUACUAGAGGUCUCAUGCAGAGGAGUAGUCCUAGUACUUUGAAGAAUUUGAUAAGCAUGAUCCCUGUUGAAAUAAUUCUUUAAGGAGGUUAUGUUUACUGUAUAUAAGUUAUUAUAAGAAAACAGGCAUUUUAAAGUGGUAGCUGUGUUUGAAGUGUGAAGACUUCUGCUUUCUGCUAGGGUGGUAAAAUAAGAACCACAUAAACUCUCCUGCUUUAAACAGCUAGAAACUACCAUUUAUGAAAUAGUGGUUUUUAGACGUAUGUCAAGUGCAAGUUUAUGAUCCCUGGCAGGAGGUGGACAAAGUGAGGACAGCCCCACGGCUGCCCAGCCUACUCCCCGGGAGCAUUGUCAAGGCUGCAGGUCAGGGAGUUGAAUGAACAUGGUCUUGCUGAACUGAAGAGGGUUUCUGAGUCGGCAUUUGAGGAGCCUCGGUAGCUAGAAUUUGCAGAUGAAGGGUGCUGGGUAAGAAGGAGCUUCCCAGAGAGGAGGCUGCGUAGAUCCUCAGUGAGUCCCUCUUGAGUAUUUGGCUUUAGUCCUUAUUAGCCUGUGUGUGGAAGAGAACUGAGACUCUGAGAGCAGCUGCGCAGCUGGGAGCUAAACAAGCCCUGGAGCUUAGCAUAGGCUGGGACAGUGUGUGUUCCCACCAGCCACUUGCAGGCAGCUUUUUGCACGGGGUCAUCAAGAGGAGUUCCCAGAACAGUGUUGUCUUGGGGAGGGUGGAGAGUCACUUAACCUAGAUUAAAAGCUACUCUGGACCCGCAGUGUCUGACAUUCAGAAACUUCCCUGGCACACCAAGAGGCAGGAACAUAUGACUUGUAACUACAAGAAAAAUCAGUUAAUAUAAAGAGGAAAGACUGAAUUGAUGGGAAUUAGUAGACAAGUAUGUUCAAAUAGCUAUUGUAAGUAUAAAGUAGAAGAAAACAUGAAUUUGAUGAAACCUGAAGUGUAAGAUAUACUUUUAAAAGCUCAAAUGGAACUUCUCAGGUUGAAAACAACUCUGAAAAAUAAAAAAUAAAAAAAACCCAAAUGGAAUUAAGAACCUAUUAGACAUAGAAGAAGGAAAGAAAUCAAUGGAUUUGAAGAGUAAGAAUGAAAAUUAUCAAAUGAUAUACACAGAGAAUAACACUGGGGGGGGGGGAAAGGAGCACAGGAAAUUAGUUAAAGUGGUGUAAUACACAUAUAAUGGAAGGUCUAGAGGAGAGAAGUGAGAGGGGGCAGAAAAGGGAUUUGAAUAAAUGAUGGCUGAAAAAUACCCACAUAUGGUGAAAAGUAUAAACGCACAUAUUCAAGAAGUUCAAAGAACCCAACACAGAAGAAACAUAAAGAUGCCAAUGAACAUCACAGUCAGUUGAUGAAAACUGGAGUUAAAGAGAAGAAUUGUUGGGAAUUCCCUGGUGGCCCAGUGGCUGGGAGUCUGCCUUCCAAUUCAGGGCGUGAAGUUUCGAUCCCUUGUCGGGAAACUGAGAUCCCCUGUGACGUGUGGCACAGUCAAAAAAAAAAAUUUUUUUUUUUAAAUUGAACAAUUGUAAAAUGCCUGAAGAAAAAAGGACAAGACACACCCACAGAGCAAAGAAUAACAAUAUACUUCUGGUCAGAAACUAUGCAAACUAUAGACAGCAGAGUGACACUGUUAAAUUACAAAAGAAAAUAAAGAACCUCCCCUGCCCCACAGCCUGGAGUUCAAUUGCUUGUCAAAAACAUCUUUCAAAAAUGAAAACAAAAAGGACUUCAAAAAAGCAAAAUCAGAGAGAGUCCCUGCCGUCAGGAAACAUUGAAGGAAGUUUGGGGACAGCAGGAGAACACUCUGGAAAUGAAAGGUUCUGGAAAUGGUGAAUGCAUGGAUGAAUAUGAAAGAUUUUUUUCUUUAUUUUAAAAUUCUUUAAAAAGGUAAUGAACUGCUUAAAAACCAAAGUAAUGACAGCGUACUUUGGGUUAAGAUCUAUUUAGAGGUAAAGUGCUACAGUAGUACUUAAGUACGAAUCUAUAAAGAUAGUUGAAGAGACUUGUGUUGUCUGAUUCAGAGAUGUGGGAUGACUUGUAUCUAUAGCAGCUACAUGAUGAAAAGUGUCUGUAUUAUGGAUCUGUACAUGUGCUCAUGUUCUGGGUGUUUUCCAUGUCCACACCAUUUUCCUCCUUUCUCUGUGUGCCCAGAGGGAGUGCACUGCUUCCUAGGAUUUCUGCUUAGGUUUGGACAGGCGAGGUCUGUGUCACCCCUGCCUCUCUCCUGCUGGCACACAUCUGGGGCUGUCUGUCCAUGUGGCUGAAGCUCCCAUGUUCACCACAGACCCUCGCCCUGCUCAUCAGACAUAAGGGUGUUAACUGCUUCUGGGGGCUUCACCAUCCUUGGUUGAUUUUCUUAAUUCUGGACACAGUUCUGUAAAUAGUCUGUUUAUUAAAUAUUCUUGAGUUAAUAAUUUUGAGUAUAACAUUUGUUACAAAUGAUGAACAUUUGACCACAUUUUGAGUAUCAGUUACUGGUCCAUGGGGCAUAGGCUGACAUCUGUUGAGAUGUCUCACACUCAAGAUCAGUAUUUUCUCUUUGUGUUUUAAUAAAUCAGUAAAAAUUAUAAAUUCUUUAUGUGUUUUGUUUUGCUGCAAACAUAAAUGACUCUGGAGAUUGUUACCAUCUGCUCCAUAUGCUGGUGGUCUUGCAGCAAUAGACUGAAACAUCAUGAGGUCUUUGUGCUACCUCUGGGUUGGUUGAAUUUACAAGAAAGCAUUUUUAUUUUUGUUAACUAUGUAUGGACAAGAAAAAGGUAACCCAUUACUGAGUGAAGAAAGAAAGGAAUGAUGUACUAUACUUCCCUGUACUCAUUUUAAAAACUUGUGCUGUGCAAUUAAAAUACUCUUAUUCCA